GAUGAAGCAGAUGUUGAAAACAAAACAAGGAAAACGCGCGGAAAGUAAUACAAAUUGAGCAUCUUCCACGAAUGUUUGAGCACAUUUCUCGUUGGAACAGAGAGUAGAAUAAAUUAUAUUAAACUUUAAACAAAUAAGUUGUAAUGCUUUGUAGCAAAAUGUCAUUAGAUAAAUCACCUUUAAGAAAAAGUACAGGAGACUGCAGCCAUAAUACAUCGGGAUCCUCAUUUCGCGAUUCCUGGGCAGAAGAGAUGCGUGAAGAAGACAAUCCUGGUCAACACCAAACGUCCAACAACAGAAAACAUGUCAACGAAGAUACUACGAAUUCCAAACAUUCUGGAUCUGCGGAACGCGAAAUAGCGCUGGAAUUCAUUGAUGGUGCAAAUGAAGAAAAGUUUGAACGCCUAGUGAAGGAGGAUAAAAUCAAGACACCUUUCAAACGACGCUAUUCACAAACACCCAGCAACGAUAGUCGCUCAGACAGUCCCAAUAGUGAUAAUAGUGGCGGUGGUGAUUCAGACAAUUUUAAGCGUGCAACUCAUCAAACCAAAAGUCAACAUGACAUACAGAAACGUUUACGUUACAAUAGUUAUGGUUCGAGCACCUCUUCUAAUCGGGAAAAACAAGUGGAAGAUGAUCCAGUUAUAUUAGCGCGUCGUCAGAAACAAAUUGAAUAUGGCAAAAAUACUGUGGCCUACGAACGUUACAUCGAGAUGGUGCCAAUACGCAAGCGCACACGCACACAUCCGCGCACACCGAAUAAGUAUGGGAAAUACAGUCGCCGCACUUUCGAUGGACUGAUAAAAGUGUGGCGCAAACAAUUGCAUUAUUAUGAUCCAGAACCGGCGGCUGCGACUGCUGGUGGCGCUGACGACGACGAUGAUGAUUCCGAUUAGUUACGCUUCGUGCUUACAAUUGUCACUAUUAUUACAAAAUAGUCUUCUGCGUGUUUUCAUGUUUAUUUUUUGCUGAUUUCUGCUUGUUGUAAAUGCUCAAUUUCUGUUUUGUAUUAGUAUAUAACGCGUACUAUAUUGUUAAGUUCUAAGCUAUAUUUAUACUCUUACUUAAAUAAUAUGCUGAAAGUAAUGAAUGUGUACAAAAAUGAAAGUUAUGUGAAAAAGUUUAUGGAUAAACGUGAAUUUCUAAUGUAAGUAAAAUCGAUUUAAUUUAUGCACAAUGUAGUUAUAUACUUUUGCAUACUAAACAUUUCACGUUGAUCAGUGGCGUUCGCUGAAACUUUUUUAUAAUAAAAAUUACCCGUAAUUGGUUCAUAUAAUACAUAUGCAAAAAUAAUUAACCAAAUAAAACAUUACAAUAGCAAAGUAAA